AUGGCCAAGGGACCUGGACUCUACUCUGAUAUCGGCAAAAAAGCCCGAGAUCUGUUGAACAGGGAUUUUCAGAGUGAUCAUAAGCUGACGGUCACCACCGUGUCUCCCACUGGUGUUACUCUUACUUCAUCUGGAACAAAGAAAGGUGAGUUGUUUUUGGCUGAUGUCAACACUCAGCUGAAGCACAAGAAUGUCACCACUGAUGUUAAAGUGGAUACAGCUUCCAAUCUCUAUACCACUUUCACGAUUGAUGAGCCUACCCCUGGCCUGAAAGCAAUCUUCAGCUUUCGAGUCCCUGAUCAGAGGUCUGGAAAGCUUGAACUCCAAUACCUCCAUGACUAUGCUGGGCUAAGCUCGAGCGUUGGUUUGACUGCUAAUCCCAUAGUCAACUUCUCGGGAGUUGUGGGCAAUGACAAACUUGCCCUUGGUGCUGAUGUGUCCUUCGACUCCAAGGACAGGACUUUCACCAAAUGCAACUUUGGAGCAAGUUUCACCAAUGCAGAUCUUAUAGCGGCUUUGACUCUGAACGACAAGGGUGACAAGGUGAGUGCAUCGUACUACCACACCGUGAGCCCACUGACCAACACAGCUGUGGGUGGUGAGGUGACCCACAGCUUCUCGAGCAGUGAGAACACAAUCACGGUAGGGGCCCAACAUGCGCUUGACCCGUUGACCACAGUCAAAGGCCGUCUCAACAACUCUGGCAAGGUGAAUGCUUUGAUUCAGCACGAAUGGCGCCCAAAAUCGCUAAUCACCUUAUCGACUGAGGUGGACACUAAGUCCUUUGACAAGAGUGCCAAGUUUGGGCUGGCUCUGGCACUCAAGCCAUGA